AUGGCUUGCCAUGGCGACGGUUGUAGAAGCCAAGGAAAGCCUGGCAUGGACUUCACCAUCACGGCUCUGUUCAAAACCAACUUCCGGAUGGACUUCCCCUUUGACCUGCAGGAGCUCCCAGCGUUUGCAAUAAUUGGGAUCUCAUGUGGCUUCCUGGGUGCAUUCUUUGUCUACCUGAACAGACAAGUGGUUCUCUUCAUGAGGAGACCGACUGCACUCACACGCUUCCUGACCAAACAUCGGUUGAUCUAUCCAGGUGCGGUGACGUUGAUCAUCGCGACCCUCAUUCCCCCUGGCUUUGGACAGUUCAUGGCAGGAGAGCUGAUGCCAAGGGAAUGCAUCAACUCUCUGUUCGAUAACUUCACCUGGACCAAAAUCUCAGGAUCUCCCGCCCCCCCUGGCCUGGGUCGCUCCUUUGCGUGGCUUCAUCCCCAGGUCAGCGUCUUUGUCAUCCUCCUCCUGUUCUUCGUCAUGAAGUUCUGGAUGUCGGCAGUUUCCACCACGAUGCCCAUCCCCUCCGGUGCCUUUAUGCCAGUCUUCAUAUUAGGAGCUGCUUUUGGUCGGCUAGUCGGGGAGAUUAUGGCCACUCUUUUCCCAAAUGGGAUUCUGUUCGAUGGGAUAGUCUACCGCAUACUGCCAGGAGGCUACGCUGUCAUCGGUGCGGCAGCAAUGACAGGGGCAGUUACCCACACCGUUUCCACCGCAGUAAUCUGCUUUGAGCUGACGGGUCAGAUCUCCCACAUCCUCCCCAUGAUGGUGGCGGUCAUCCUAGCCAACAUGGUGGCCCAAGGCCUGCAGCCUUCCCUCUACGAUUCCAUCAUCCAGGUGAAGAAGCUGCCCUACCUGCCCGAGUUGGCCCUUGGACACAUCAGCAAGUACAACAUCUUCGUGGAGGACAUCAUGGUGCGCAAGGUGAAAUUUCUGUCAUCUCACGCCACCUAUCGGGAACUGAACCACCUGCUAGAGAACACCACCCUCAAAACUAUCCCGUUGGUUGACUCCAAAGAAUCCAUGAUUCUGUUGGGCUCCAUUGAGAGAACAGAGCUGCAAGCUUUCUCUGAUUGGUGGCUCUCACCUGAGAGGCGGGUCUUUGAAAAAGGUCAGAGUUCGCCAGGCCAGGGCACCAAGGUCAGCUGGGAGUCCUUCACCUUUGUGGAUGAGGAGGGAGGAGAGGAGAGCACGGACAAGACCACUGCGGUGCAGGAUGAAUGUAAUGGUCCUUUCCCAUCCCCCAAACCACAGGAGCUCUCCACCAAUCACACAAGUUCAGACAAACGCAAGCUGCCAUCCGUGAGAAGGACUCUCCAGAGACUCUUCUCCUCAUCCUCUUCAUCAGGCCAGGCUGAAACUCGGGAGGCCACCCCUCCUCCAUUAACCGAUACCAUGUCCCCGGAGGAGAUCAAAGCCUGGGAAGAGGUGGAGCUGGAUAAACCGAUCGAUAUGGAGCAGAUUCACAUAGACCCCUCCCCCUUUCAGCUGGUUGAGAGAACUUCCUUACACAAGACCCACACUCUGUUCUCCUUGCUGGGCCUCAGUCAUGCCUACGUCACCAGCAUAGGAAAGUUAGUGGGUGUCGUGGCACUGAAAGAGCUGCAGAAGGCCAUAGAGGGCUCCACGCGUAGUGGAGUGAGGCUACGUCCGCCUCUGGCCAGUUUCAGAGAUGCCAGCAGGAAAGCCAAGAAGCAUCAGCCUCCGCCAUCCACCCCCUCCUCCCCCACUCGUGACAGGGAUCUGUGGGGGGAGGGGAGCAGAAGGGAGGGGGAGCUGGCAAGGAGGGAGUCAAAGGAGGAUUCUAGAGGAAAGGAGGCCUCCUCCUCCUCUUCCCCCUCCUCCUCCUCCUCCUCCUCCUCCAAAGGGGGUCACGGGUACAACUGUGGUCCCUCUUGUCCUAGCAGCGUGAGGAGCAUCAGUGUCGACAACACCACUGGAGGAGCAGAAGGCCCGUCACAGGACACUAUGCCUCCCUCCCCCUCCCCCUCCUCACCUCACACCUCCCCUGUCUUACCCUCCACAUCCGCACCUGUCCUCACACUUUCUUCCCUCCAGGAGGAAAGAGAGAGUGAGGAGUCAGAUGAGCCGAUUUAA